AUGUCUAAAAUACCAAGCCAGCAGGUAGUCAUUGUCGGAAUCGACGCAAAUGCGAAGAUGGGACUCGAACAGCAAUCCGAUGUGCUAGGAAAAUGGUAUUAUGCAGCGGACCGCACGUCGGACAACGGUGACCGUCUGGACGACUUGUGGGAACACACGGGUCUCAUCAUCGUUUCCACGCCUAAGAAGAAUCAUCGACGCCAUCAGCUCACGUGGCAGGGGUCAACCUUUUUAACGCCUGAAGAGCAGCAGAAGCGGAAGAUGAGAACUCUUAAGCUUCAGCUCCACUAUGUUCUGACGAAAAACAUUGCUCAGUCAGAUAUCCGAAAAUCUAGAGUUAUUUGGGACGUCGCGUUCGACUCUGACCACCGUCCAGUUCUUCUCAACUUCACAAUACGGUUCCACAAGAGAAACUGA